AUUCUAAGUGCGUAUGGUGAGAGAGGAAAGACAAAACAUGAGCUAGACAGGAGAGACAAAAUUGCUAGGGGGAUAUUUCAGAACCUAUCAGUUAAUGAAACUUGAUAAUCUAAAUUAUUUCAUCUGUGCCUUGUAGAAAUUAAGUAAAUUUAUUUCGAACAAUAAAUAUGGAUUUUUUUGUGGGGGGGAUAUUAAAAAUUAUUAAAAAAUGACCCGCGCGGCAUAAAAUGCAUGCAGGCUCUAUAGCCUAGCUAGGCCGGCAGGAGCUUCGAUUGUGGGGCGUAGUCCAGACUCUGCUGCUGUUGUCUGCCGGUUAGCCAAAUUUGGACUGAUUCUGAGGUCGAGUCUGAGCUGAAUUACUUAAGUUUGUCAUCAUGGAGGAUUCUGGUGAUGAGGUUGAAACGGCAAUAGCAGCUACAGAUAUACUCGACUAUACUCUUGAUGAUGUUACAAUUGAUGACAGUGAAUUUGACAUUCCUGAAUUAGAUUCAACUCCAAGUCUUGAAAGUAUUCUUAAUGCACCCGAGGAAUCAUUUGAACCUGAUAACCAUUCGCUGAGCUUCUUUCCUGGUGGCCCUGACAACAGUGAUAGUGUCUCUUUAUCUGAGACACCGGCAACCCCUGAUAAAUCUCCCUCAGCUCACCAGAAGAAGAAUAUCCAAUAUGAGGCACAUGGUUCAAUUCUGAGACAUGUGAUGUUAAGAGGAAUUGCAUCCCAAGUAUCAUCAGCUGCUGAUCGUGUAGAUGCAGGCAAACCCACAGCCAUUGCUAUCUCUAUCCAGAUGGCUGUUGGGACAUCACAUGGUCUCAUCCUUGUAUUUGAUCCCAAGCAAGUUUUAAGAUGGUGCUUAGGUAGCACAGCUGUAGGUGCUCAGUACGGAGCAGUGUCUGCUCUUAGUAUCAACAAUGAUUGUACGAGAUUGUUGGCUGGCUUUGCAAAGGGACAGAUGACAAUGUGGGAUUUGACAUCGGGAAAAUUGUUACGAACGAUCACUGACGCCCAUCCACCCGGCUCUGCAGUGCUUCAUAUUCAAUUCACAGAUGAUCCAACUUUAGCCAUAUGUAGUGACUCGGGAGGAUCUGUCUUUGAGCUCAGCAUGAAGAGAGUUAUGGGCAUGAGAACGUGUGAGUCAAGGUGCCUGUUUUCAGGAAGCCGAGGUGAGGUGUGUACCCUGGCCCCACUCAGAAUGGAUACCACUAUAACAAGUCAUCCACUCAAAGAUUUCUCACUUCUUGCCAUGGCUACUCUCUCUAAGGUGUUCAUUGUUGGACUGAGACCUAGGUUAACUGUAAUGUUUACAAAGCAACUCAGAGGAGACCCUUCAACUUUGCCCCUCCUUGCCUGGCAGUUUGUCAUCAUCCAGGUCACUGACACUGCUAAGGUCGUUGACCCUGUCCUUGCCUGUGCUCGAACAAAUACCAUCAACUUCUAUCAGGUGCUUUAUCAAGAAGAUGGUAACAAGGUUAAGUUUGCUCCUCUCCAGAGCAUAAUUCUCCCCUAUAGUCUUCUCAAUGUACAGUGGAUGAAUGCAAAGACUCUAGUGACAGUGGAUACAACGGAGAAGCUCCAUGUCAUCGAUGUCAAGUCAGAAGAAGAGCUGGAGGUCAUCGAUCUCGGAGACGUUGAGCUCGUUUAUGGUAGCAGUCACUUCAAGAGCCUUGCCACAGGAGGCAAUGUCAGCAAAGCAUUGGCACUUGCAGGGGAAAGGGCGUGCUACCAAUCUAUUGCCACCAACAAAGGACAGCUAAUUAUUCUUGGUACAAAGUCUCUUCAUGUAAUGAACCUCAGGACAUGGCAGCAGCGACUGGAAGUUUUAUUGAAGGCUGGCAAGUACAAGGACUCCCUCCAGCUUGCCAGCUCCUUUUAUAAUGGCAAAGCAAAGGCAGUGAUUGGUCUUGUAAAGAAGCAACCCCAGAGACAGGCAGCAGUUGCUGACAAGAUUCUUCAGAUCUUAUUUGAUUUUGUUGAGAUCUCAAUGAAGCAAGGACCUGAGAGAGGAGCAAUUCACCUGCUAGAAGAACACUUUCAAAGAGUUGUACCAGUUUGUGUAGAACAUUGCCUGAUGCUCGGGAGAAAGGACGUUCUGUUCGGAUCAAUCUACGAGAAGUUCAGACAUGACAUCAUCGCCAAGGGGGUGUACCUAGAGUGCCUGGAGCCGUACAUCCUCAACGACCGUUUGACCUCUGUGACCCCUGAGGUCAUGAAAGAUUUCAUUGAGCACUAUCGGGAGAAAGAGCUGAUAUCCAAUGUCGAGGCCUGUAUAGUGCAUAUGGACAUUGCAAGUUUAGAUAUUCAUCAAGUUGUAUCACUUUGUUGGGCUUAUGGUUUGUACGACGCCAUCAUCUACGUGUACAACAAAGGGAUGAAUGAUUACGUAACUCCUCUGGAAGAGCUUCUACAGCUGCUUAGAGCUGCUGUCAGAGCCAGCAGUCAACUGUCAGACAACCAAAUAAGACUAGGAAACAAGUUGCUUGUGUAUAUCAGUUGUUGCCUUGCAGGCAGGGCAUACCCUAUGGGUGAUAUACCAACACACCUAGUCCAAGAUGUCAAGCAGGGGGUUUGGAAAUGUCUGACAGCACUUCAUACCAAAGACCCGUCCCCAGAUGAACCAACCUACCCUAACCUUCGAACCCUAUUGACCUUUGACACCAGGGAGUUCCUCAAUGUCCUGUCCCUAGCGUUUGAGGAACCAGAGUUUGAUGCACCUCAGGAAGCUAAUUCAAUGCAAUCUAGACAAAGGAUAGUAGACAUUCUUCUACAAGUAAUGGUAGAAAGCGUUGGCUUCUCGCCUGCUCAGGUCGGCUGUCUCUUCACAUUCCUAGCUCGUCAGAUGGCCAAACAUGAAAACACUAUCUACGUCAAUAGAAUGCUCUUUGAACAGGUUUUAGAAUUUUUAUCCAAUCCAUCUGGAGAGACAAGGCAUGAAGAGAGGGAGCAGGCUCUCCUGGAGCUCUUAAAUGCAGGAGACCUGCUCCAGGUGGAUCAUGAAAGGCUCCUCCAGCUGGCAGAAGGAGCCAAAUUCUACCGAGUAUGUGAAGUCUUAUAUGAAAGAAGAAGGGAGUUUGAUAAGAUUCUUCUCUGCCAUUUAAGAGAUUCAUCAAGGAAAGCUACCAUAUUCUCGUACAUUCACCAAGUGAUGAUGGAGAGUUACUACACGGAAGCAGAGAAAGAUGCAGUCCAGCGACAGGCAAUUAAACAUCUUCAGGAUCUUGUUGCCAUAGACAGCAGAGAGACUGCCCAGUUGGUCCUGAAAGUCUUUGCUCAUUCGUUGAGUGAUGUAGUCAUACAACUUCAGAACCAACCAGAACUGCAGUAUGAAUUCCUUGAAGGUGUGUUUGAUGGCAGAGAUACAGGUAGCGCCCUCUAUGGACGAGAUGAGGCACAGCCUGACUGCUAUCUACAUGAGAAGUUCCUGGAUCUGAUGUGUACAUUCAAUCCUAAGAAGGUCCUUAACUUUGUUAUGAUGUCAGAGAAUUACAGACUUGAGGAAGCACUUCAUAUUGUACGCAAACACAAGAUGUCAGAAGCCACUGCCUUUUUGUUGGAGAAAUCUGGAGACAUUCAAGGAGCCUUUGGGAUUCUCAUGGAGAACCUACAGACUAAGGUGAAAGGUCUCUCGGAUGUGGUCAAAGGUCAUGAUGGAAGUCAGAAUGAUGGAAUGGAUAUCACCUUGGGUCUGUCCAAUGUGCAAGUAGUUCUAAUGGUUCUUGUUCAACUUUGCCAGAGGAACUCACCAAAGUUAGAUGAAGAAGGCCGAGAGACAUUAUGGUUUCCCCUCUUGGAUCUGAUGAUGACAACACAGAGAAGACUCAAACCAUCCUUUAAUGAGACCCAGUUUGAAAGUUUCAAAGAGCUGACAAGGCAUGUUUUGAAUAGCAUGAUGGGACAUCUCUCAUUACCCAGAAUCCUUCAGAAAAUCAUGCAGGAUCCCACAUACAGUACAGGAAGGUUUGGAGAGAUCCGUGAGCUUAUUGUUGGAAUGUUGGAAACAUACACAUAUGAAUCUACCUUGCUGAAGACGGCCAAUCGAUUAUUAGACAGGGAUCUGUACGGCUCGGUGAAGAACUUAACUAUGGCUGCCAAUAGAGGGCUCAUGCCUCGUAGAGAGAGCUGCAUGAUAUGUGGGAAGAAUUAUUCAUAUUCUACCGAGUCUGAUAACUUACUGAUCUUCAGCUGCGGUCAUACUUACCAUUCAACCUGCCUGCAGACUGCUGGCUGUUCAGCCAUGAUAGAUGGGCAGAGACACUGGACAUGCUUACAGUGCUAUUCCGCAAGGAGAGGGGCGGCGCUUACACCCAACAGGAGGCCACGCCUCUUCAGCUCAGGGGAGGAGCCUAAGAGAGGAGGCGGGCCAACAUCACCAAGGGGUGGAGCAGCAGGAGGUUCAAAGGAUACUGCCGAAGAGGAUGUUUCCUUGAAUCCAGAACAAGAAGCUUCUCUUGAAAAUCUCAAGAAAUGGACAGAAGGACCAUCUAGACUGGCAAUCUUGAGCGAGGUACUGCUUUCCCAGCGAGCCAAUCCUUCUUCCAAGGGCCUUGUGAGACCCAAUAGUAUUCUGCAUCAAGAAAGUUUUAGACUGAGACUAGCUCCACCUCCCAUUGAUGAAUGACAUCAUUAAACGUCAAAGACUCAGCGAUACCUCCUCUGCUAGUGUUGAAUGACAUUGUUCCUUGUCAAAGAGAGAGUUUUUGGACUGACACAAGCUCCUUGUGAUAAAUGGCAUUCUCUAUCAAUGCAGUCAUAGAUUAGCUCCUCCCACUAUAGAUGAAUGAGAUCAUUGAGUGAGACUAGUCUUUCCCCAGAGAUGAGUGGUAUUCUUCUUCAGAGAGCUGAAGCUGUGAUGGGCUCUUAUCCCUUGUGAUGAAAUGAUAUCGUGUAUCUAGAGGCCAUUAGACUGACCCUCUUACAAAGAGUUGCAAUUGAUCCAAUCAAUCACAACUAAGGAUGGCCAGCAACAUCAGCAUCUAAAAUGCAAAUUUGUUCAAAAUAUUUUCUAGAUAUGAUGAAUAUUCAUACAUUCAUUGUUCUCUUGAAGAUUCAUUGCAAUUCUCUUUGUUUACUAAGGAGAUUGUGCAAAUUUCCUGUAGAAGAAAAUUAUGGUGUGGAUGGAUUGCCAUACAGUUGAGAUUGAUCAGAUCAAUCUUAACUCUUUGUAAGACGGAGCCCAGAUUAACCCAAGGACUGAAUGACUUUAUUCUGAUAUCAAGAGAUCCUUGAACUGACUCUAGCAUAGUUCUAGUUAUGAACAACAGUGUUCUACAUUAUAGGAAUGCUAUAUGUUCACUCCUCCGUAAACAUUGAAUGUCAUCACUCGAUAUAGAGAGAUUUUUGAAAUUGAUAUGUUGCUUUCUCUGAGUGUUAUAUGAUUCCAUUCUUAUCCACAAAGUCUUAAGGUCCCAUUCAUUAAGACUUGUUAUAAUAACAAAUGCACUGUUUCUGCAUUAACAUUCUAUAACAAAUUUACUAUCAGCCAAUCAAAUUGAUGGAUUUUAGUAGCUUUUAACUGUUCUUGCAGAUUUGUUAUUAUAACUAGUUUUAUGAAAUGGGCCCCUGAAAUCAACUAAUUUCUCCUUGUGUUAGGUGAUAUUAUUUUAUAUCUCAAAAGCUGGAAAACCCAACGAGUCUCUCCUUUGAGACUGUCACUAUUUCUGGGUUUCACAAAAAAAUUAUUGUGACCCUAUCAAAGCUCUGAAACUUGAGUGCUGUUGUAGUUGGAACAAAUGUUUAAGAGGAUUGAAGAAUAAGUGUGGCAUCUGUGUAUGUGUAAUUUGUUUUCUUUUGUUAUUUAUUGACAGAAAUAUUCUAACUUUUAAGCUGGUUUGAUUGCCAUCAUUGCCAUCACAUAAAAAAUGCAGAUAGAUUUCAUGAACGACCAAUAAUUAGAUCUUCCAAAUUAAUGAUUUUUUUCAAAAAUUAUGCAAAUUUAAUAAUUAGUCUACACUCCUUUUUUGCAUUAUGUUGCAUUGCUGCCUGAAUCAUUGUUGAUAAAUGUAACAGUUAAAUAGUUGAUCAUUAAAAGGUACAAAAGAUAUUCUCCCCACCUCAAUAUAUCUCAAAUAUCACAAGAAAAGAUAAUUGAAAGGUCUUUGGUUUAGACUUCUUCACUUGCAAGUAUGUGGUCACAGUGUGUGAAGUUAUUCAUCUUUUAUUUUUUCUCAUAGUUUAUGAUCGAUGAUAUCACAAAAACUGCCACCCAACUGAAAAAUGAAUUUAUUGGAAUGGAUAUUGUUUUACUAGUAUUGGAUCCUCAUGAUGACAAGAGUGUUAGAAGCUUUCACGAUGCCAAGUCAUCCCCAAAUUAGUUGUCUAAAUACUGACCUUUGACCUGUAGAUUUCACCAUUAUAUUAUGUUGUAUUGUGGUGGAACAUAUUUGCAGUAGGGAGAAUUGCCUGUGCCAUUUUUUGUUCAACAUCAGUGUUUACAUUACAGCAGUAUGGUGGAACCAAGUCAAAAGAGCUCUUGACCUGGUUGCACAAAGACAUGAGAUUGAUCAAAUCAAACUGAACUAUGGAAAGCAAUCCAUGCCAUGAUUGUUCACAUAGGAGGCAUAGAGGCAGUUUUUGUUUGUAAACAAAUAAAGAGCAUGCUGGUUGGCCAAAGCACUGGCACAUCCAUGAGUGAACAUGAUUAAUAUUGAAGUGAUUAAUUAUGACUCUUUGGAAGACAGGGCUCCUAAAAUGUUAAUAUUUCUGAUGUAACAAUGAAGUAUUCUUUGUCGAAUUCCCCUUACAUUCUAAUGUUUGUUAACUUGCCUGCAUAGAAAAUUCAAGAUAUAGCUGCUACUUUCUCCACAGGUUUGAUUUGUUGUUUCUUUUAAACCUGGAAUAACAAUAUUCUUGCUUUCCAAUGUAAUUACUUUGGUCUGAAUGACCUUGUUAUGGGAGUUUCCACUCAAUGUAUCAAUAGAACAGCUUCAUGUGAUAUUUAUGUGCAAUUCUUAUCAUUGAUAAGUUUAUGUUUAUGUACAGUAUAUUUUCUAUGUAUGACAAAUUAAUGUUCAUGAGAUCAUUGAUAUACUGAAAUGAUAUGCAUAAGUUAUUAAUUCAUUUGAUGAAAUGGAAUUCCAAAUAAUGUGCUUGUGCUGCUCUUAACUGUAUAGAUUUUUGUUAAUAUUUUUUUUCAAGAUGGGUUUAAUUAACCCAUUUUAUUUGGUUUAGCAGGAUAACAUGCAUUCAUAUGUAAAGUGAACAACACAAGAUAGAGAAUAUAGAUAGGUAAAUAGAUAUUUGGGACGUGGUUCCUAUCCAGAUAUAAGACCGAGAUGCAAUUGUUUUAUAUUAUUGAAACUAUUAUCUUAAUGAUCAAGAAAAUAUAAAUGGCAUUUUGCAAUUAA